UUUUUUUUUUUCUUGCUUUAUCACUUUUUUUUUUUGAAGAUGAACGUGAUACGACAUUGUUUUACGAGCCCAUUAUUACGUAUCAGUCAAACAACCAUUCGUUCCAGCAUCCGACCUACCACACAAAACACAUGUCGUUAUUUUACCACUGAACAAACUGUCAACCGGUCAUAUACUGUCAAGAAACGCAAGUUUGGUCUAGGCACGGCGAUUCUUUGUACCAUUCCUUUCAUCACUUUUGGAUUAGGGACUUGGCAAGUACAACGAUUACGAUGGAAAGUGGCAUUGAUUGAACGACUAGAAGAACGUAUGUUUCUUGAUCCCAUUCCUCUUCCUCGGCGCAUAAAUCAGAAUUCAUUGGAUGACUAUGAAUAUCGUCGAGUCAAAGUGAAUGGUACAUUUCGUCAUGAUCAAGAAAUGUUGGUGGGACCUCGUACAAGAGGCGAUGGUGUGGUGGGUUACUUUUUGGUGACACCUUUACAAAGGGAAGAUGGUUCAGUUAUUCUUAUUAAACGUGGUUGGGUAGCUUCAGACAAAAAAGACAAAUCCAAACGUCCUGAAAGUUUAGUGACUGGACCUGUAGAAGUGGAAGGAUUACUUCGACUCACUGAAAAGCCAAACUCAUUUACACCUGACAAUGAUCCUGAAAAUAAUCAAUGGUAUUGGGUGGAUUUGGAUACCAUGGCUGAAUUAUCAUAUUCUCAAAAUUUAUUAGUAGAAAGUGUAUCAGAUCGCCCUUCUUAUCAAGAACAUGAACUAAUAGAAAAAGGAAUUCCAGUUGGACGAUCACCAGUGGUAGAGGUAAGGAAUAGUCAUUUGCAAUAUAUCAUUACUUGGUAUGCUCUCUCUGCCGCCACUACCGUGAUGCUUUGGACUUUAUUACGAAAACCACCUAGUCGACCUGUGAAAAUCAAACGCGUAUAGAUAGAUCUCCUCUCCUCUCUUUUUAGUUUAGAUUAUGUUGUUCCCAUGGUAGAAAUAAAGUUGAUGAUAUAUAUAUAUAUAUAUAUA